AGAAGAGAUAUACAUAAGAAGACUUCUGGUUCUAGGGUUUCAAUAAUUGCUUCUCAGACCGUCGCCUUUUGUUUUCCUCUUCUUCUUCUUCUUCUUCUUCUUCCUGUUUCUUCGAAACUAGGGCUUUCCAGUUUCUAAAUCCGAUCUGUGUUUCGUCCAUUGCGAAUCUGAUUAAAACCAAUUAAUCUGGAAAACAAAAAUUAGCGGUAAUUUGUUUUUCUUUUUGUUUGAAGAUUUGUUUGUAAUGAGAACGAAUAGGAAGCGGUCGAGGAAAUCGAACGGGGUUUCGUGGGCUCCAGGAGCCGAUCUUUGUCAGGUGAGGCUGUUUUCCGCCGAAGAUUGUCCUGCAAAAGUUGGCCUGAAAUGUCAAGAUGAUCUUCAAGCAAAGACAUCCGGGGUUCUGCCUUCGGACCCUACAGGUUAUAAUGAACUGCCCCCGGGGUUUGAACGCGGGUUAGCUGUGAACAAAUCGGGAUUGGAACCUUCUUACGUCCCGCAGGUUCAAUGGAAAUGCCCUCCAAAGUUUGUUCUGAGCCAAACUUGGCUAGUCGCUGCUGGCGAGGAAAGCGAGGAGGUCAAACAUCAAAAGCUGAGGGAGAUGCGAGUGCUGGAAGCAGUUUAUCCCCGGUCUUCUGCCAUUCCUCAUAGCUCUUAUGUUUCUCUGGAGUCAGAAAAUGAAUACUAUGACAAUAGCAGAACUCCAAUUGUCCCGAUAACUCCAAUUGAAGACGAAGAACCUGCAGAUACAGUUACACCAUCUGAUGUUGCACCAUCAGUUAACACCACUACCAUAAGCUCUCCACCACCAUCAUCCUUGUCCCAAGUUUCAUUGCCAUCGGAAUCUCACCCUUCUAAAUGCAAUUCGUCUUUCCUACAAUCCCUUGGCACUUCACAACCGCCAUUAGAAAAACUACCCGACCGAGGUGCUGAUGUACUUGCUGCUACUUCUGCCGCCUUGGCUACAAUCAUGAAGAGCAGCGAGAAGGGAAGCUUGAUUGACACAGAUUUGCUCAUUAAGAUAUUUAGCGACCCGAAAAUGAUCGGGAGAUUGAUGAAUAAUGGACAACCAACAAGUGCACCAAGUGUAUCAACCAAAACUACAGUAAGUGCCUCCAUAUCAGAUUCAAGGACGGUAAGUCCAUCAGUUCCCCUGCCUUCACCUGCACUCGAUUUACAGAGGCCUGUAGAUGAGAAUUCAUUCCAUCCAAACGGCUUAAGAACAACCGUAAAUACAACCCGUCGCCAACAAGAUGCCCCUCAAGUAUCUAGGUUUCAGCAAGUAGUGACACCGCCCGUUUCCAUGUCGACCCCCGAGCCCUUCGUUAGUUUGCCUAGGCUGCCGGAUGGAAACUUGUUUAGCGUACCAAAUCGGGUGAGAUACUUGGUAAAUGCAGCGAGUGUUCAACCGAACACCGCUUUUGCAGUGCAAGAACGCGCACCACCGGUGAAGGAUGUGAACUACUAUAAGAAUCUCAUUAGACAACACGGAGGAGAACAUGAAGAAAAUAAGGAUUGCGUCCUUACACAAAACGGGAAAAAUUAUUUUCACCUUGGUGUUCAAAACUUUAAACUGGGACAAGAGAAACCGAAGAACUCAAAACCCUGCGCGUACUUUAAAACCUCAAAGGGGUGCCGAAAUGGCGCCAAUUGCCCAUACCAGCAUGACGUUUCACUACCUUGGCAAUCUGGCAAAGUAAUGGAGAGCUAUAGAGCAAAGAGAAUGAAACUAAAUGGGGAAAUUAAUGGGGUGAUGUUAGUUUAAGAAUCACUAAGGUGGUUUAUUUUAAGAAUCACUAAGGUGGUAGGUUUUAAUGGAAAAGUAACUAAAAGAUUCGACCUCUUUUUUUUAGAUUUUGUGAAAAAGAGUUUUGGUUUGUAAAUAAUGACCUUUAAAAGAGAAGU